UCCCAUUCACAAUUAAACUUGGCAAUGAAACUUUUGUAUAUAAAUGAAUUUCGGUGCAGAUAAACCUUAUACAGUUUUUCGUUCUCGAAAUAGGUAUACAAUCAAAUCCUAAUCAUGAAAUUCGUAAUUGCCGCCCUCUUUGCCUUUUUUGCCUAUGCUUCAGCAGGAGCCAUCAUUUCUGAUUAUGGCUUAGGAUUAGCUUCUCCACUCGCUUACUCAGCUCCUGUAGCUUACUCUGCCCCAUUGGCUUACUCAACUCCCCUGGCCUACUCUGCGCCUAUCGCCUAUUCUGCACCAAUUGUAGCUGCACCAGCCAUUAAAUCUGGGUAUGUAGCUGCCACCCGUGGCUCUGUACAUACUGCUCCUCUUCCAGAAGGACCACAUGCCUUUAGCCAUCAUCUUAACACUGCUCCAGCUGCAGGAACAUUUUAAAUAUAAAUGUGAAUUCAAAAUAGAUUUUUGAUAAAAACAUAAAA